UUAUAAAAGCAGUAUAUAUUUAUUGUAGAAUAUUUGAAAAUUAUAGAAAAGCAUAAUGAAAAAAAUCCUCCACAAUUCUAGUAUCCAGCGAUUACUAUUAAACGUCAGUUUAACUACCAUUAGAACAUCACCUACUAAUCUUUCAAACUCUCUCUCCAAAUGUAUGAAUAGAAUGAAUAUAAACACGAACAUAAUAUGCUGCUUUUAGGAACAUAAUAUGAUAUAUAUAUACAUUUAACAUUAUUACAUUAACAUAUAUCCCCAUUAAAUGUUCUUCAAAAAUAUUAUUUUAAUAACUAUAUAGUAGUCUAUCUUAUAUUUCAUCAGUGUUUAACUUUUUGCUGCUGUCAAGAAUACUAAUCCUUCUUGUGCAGAAAUAUUUUAACACUACUCUGACUUUCUUAACACCAAAUAAGGCCAGACUGGAGUUACUGGCUAAAGGAAGCAACAUGUCUAGGGUUCUUGACACAUUUUUCUCAAAUUGCCCUCUGGAAACCCACUUGUUUGCACCCCCAUUAAAUUAUCAGCACCUGUUUCACCAAAAAAUGAAUGCUAACUUUAAAAACAGUUUUGCCCAUCUAAUAGUGAAAUAGGAUGUCUCAUUGUUUUUAUUCACUUUCUACUUAUUACUAUUGAGGUUGGACAAGUUUUCUUAUGGUGGUUGACACAUACUCUUAAGAAAAUAGCAUAUAUUUUUUAAAGCAGAGCUGCUUAAGACAAAACAGCUGUGACAGUUCACAAUGAACUCCAUUGCAUUGACAUCUUCAUUGUUGUACUAAUUCUCAGCCUCCUAGAAUCCAUUAAGGAAACUUUUUUUUUAAAGAAGUGAAGUAUUUGUUAUGAUAAUAAAAAAGCAUGAGCUUCUGGGUAAGACCCAUUCUGAGCCCUGCCGGUUAGUCUUGUGUAACCCUACACAAGUUGCUUAACUUCUCUAAGCUUCGGUUUCGUUGACCGUAAAGCAGGGCUGAUAAUCCUCACAAUAAUUCUAACAAUAAUGAGAUUGGAAUUAUUAGCUCAUUCAAUACAAUGCAGCUACUACUGAAACUGAGACAUGUUUCUCUCCUAAUUACCCAAUAGGUAUGUCAAGGUGUGGUAGCAUGCCUCUUAGAAGCCAGAAGGUUUCAAGUCCCAACAAGUUGCAUGUUUGGCUUUAUUUUAUUAGUUAAACUUGCUAGAAGAGCACACAGCUAGUGGGACUUUUUUAAUAGGAAAAAAAAAGGUGGUUGGGGUUGGGAGACCGCCUGGACUGCCAGCCCAAGUGUGAGCUCAGAGUCUUGCAGGACAUAAAGAUGCUUGCUGGUGUGGUGCUUGCUUGCAGGACAUAAAGAUGCUUGCUGGUGUGGUGCUUGGUAGUUUAGAAAGUUGCCCCCAAACUGAUGGAAUAAACCCACUUUCACUUCUUCCCGCAAAGGGGGAAAGAAAGAGCCCUCCUUUAAUGACGUUGUUGCUAAGCUUGUGUGCUCGGUCAACGGUUGUUCUACGAACCUGGCUUUUCCUGUUAACGUUGUUCUCAUGUAUCCACCUGCCUGUUGGUCUAGGGUUUUGUAAAUAUAAUGUAGAUUCUCAUUCAAAGACUUUCUUUCACCAAGAAUUCAGUUCUUUGCAUAAUGGAUUUGAGAUGAUAAAUUUUUUUGAGACUAUAAAUAUUUUGAUCUUCAAAUAACUUCAAAUGUUAGAUGACAUCUAGUCUUCCAGCAGGAGGAUCUGACGGCCCAGAGGGUGGGUGCCGAUUCCACCAGCCGCUGCACGUGAAAAGCCAGGUUCGGAAAUGUCAGAUAUUCUCCGGGAGCUGCUCUGCGUCUCUGAGAAAGCUGCCAACAUUGCCCGGGCGUGCAGGCAGCAGGAAGCCCUCUUCCAGCUGCUGAUAGAAGAGAAGAAAGAGGGAGAGAAGAACAAGAAAUUUGCAGUUGAUUUCAAGACCCUGGCUGAUGUACUGGUACAGGAAGUUAUAAAACAGAAUAUGGAGAACAAGUUUCCAGGCUUGGGAAAAAAAAUUUUUGGAGAAGAAUCCAAUGAGUUUACUAACGAUUGGGGGGAAACGAUUAUUAUGAGACUGUGUCCAACAGAGGAAGAAACAGUAGGUCUUCUCAACAAAGUCCUUAAUGGUAACAAGCUGGCAUCUGAAGCAUUAGCCAAGGUUAUUCAUCAGGACAUUGUUUUCAGCGACCCAGCUCUGGAUGCAAUAGAGAUCAACAUUCCACAGGACAUUUUGGGAAUUUGGGUGGAUCCCAUAGAUUCAACUUAUCAGUAUAUAAAAGGUUCUGGGGACAUUAAAUCCAAUCAAGGAAUCUUUCCCAGUGGACUUCAGUGUGUCACUAUUUUAAUUGGUGUCUAUGACAUACAGACAGGGGUGCCCCUGAUGGGAGUCAUCAACCAACCUUUUGUAUCACAAGACCUAAACACCCUCAGGUGGAAAGGACAGUGCUACUGGGGCCUUUCUUACAUGGGGACCAAUGUCCAUUCACUUCUGCCUCCCGUCUCUACAAAAAACAGCAGUGAAACGCAGAGCCAAGUGACCCCAAACGCCAGGUCUGAGGCGGAGUGCACCCACCCGUUCUCAGCUGUCAUCAGUACAAGUGAGAAGGAAACCAUCAAGGCUGCGCUGUCACGUGUGUGUGGAGAGCGCAUAUUCCGGGCAGCUGGGGCCGGUUACAAGAGCCUCUGUGUUGUCCUGGGCCUUGUUGACAUUUACAUCUUCUCAGACGAUACCACGUUCAAGUGGGACUCCUGUGCUGCUCACGCCAUCCUCAGGGCCAUGGGUGGGGGAAUGGUGGACUUAAAAGAGUGCUUGGAAAGGAACCCCGACUCGGGGCUUGACUUGCCACAGUUGAUGUACCACGUGGGAAACGAAGGCGCUGCUGGGGUGGAUCAGUGGGCCAACAAGGGAGGACUGAUCGCAUACAGAUCGGAGAAGCAGCUGGAGACAUUCCUGCGCCUCCUCCUGCGACACCUCGCCCCUGCGGGUGCGCGUACCUAGAUGAGCCGCGUCCUCAGGGACCCCGAAACCCUGCUGUGGACCUGGUGUCCACAUCUCUAGCUUUUGAAAACCGCUUUGUCCUAUUGACGGGCAGCGUUCACCUUCCUCUUUUGAGGAGCAUUUUUCCAUGAUGUGUUCAUAAGGUUAAUGUCAAUAAAUGAAUGAUAUUCAUGCAGC